AUGGAUUUAAAUCUUUUUGUAGAUAUUUAUAUAUCUGCAGGAAAUGAGGAUCUACAAGAUCCUCUGUAUUAUAUUUUAAUACAUAAUAAGCAUGGUAAAGAUAUGCGACAAUAUAAUGCACCAUCAGCUAAGGAAGUAGCUGCAAUUUGUUUUUCAGAUGAAACAAUACAUGUAAGAGAUAUUCUUAUUGUAAGACAUGAUAAUGAAUUAGAAAGAAUAUCUGAAUUAUAUAGUGCAUAUGAUCUUUUAGCAUAUCCUUUGCUAUUUCUACGUAGAGAAUAUGCUCUUAAAAAAAAGAUGGCUCAAAUUCCUAAAGCCUCUAAAACUUCUGAAGCUAAAGCUAGAGCAAGUGAUAUCUCUAAUAUUAACUUUGAUACUUUAUUAGAAAGAGAAUCACAAAGUGAAACAGGAUUAACAAGUGUUUUGGAAUCUGCAACUAUUAGAAGUUCAUCAAGUAUGAUGAGUCUUGAUGAUGAAAAUAUUGAUACAGAUGAUAAAGAAUAUUUAGAAACAAUUUUUAGAGAAUUUGAAAAACCUGAUCUGUUUAUAACAGUGACAUAUAAUCCAAAAUGGUCUGAGAUUACAUCUGAACAUUUACCAAAACAAAAAUCUGCCAAUAGGCCAAAUUUGGAAACAAGGGUUUUCAAAUUAAAAUUAGAUGCAAUAAUCAAUGAUUUAGUUGUAAAUGGUGUAUUGAGAAAA